UGCAACCGAUUAAAUGACCAUUUAAUUUUCCAAGCUAUUUUCUAUGUAAAGCGUUCUCAAACAUUUAUUUUAAUCUUUCUUCUAUUUAUUUUAAUCUAUUUGAGCUUUCAAUUCGUAACUAUGUUUGCUUACGUAUAUUUUUUAAAUGAUAAGCAAUUUUCUAAGGUGCCAGUAGGUUUCAUUAAGAAGUUCGACAAAGAAACCUAUCUUGCCACAAACAUUUACAAAGUUUUUUGGAGUCGGCAUAUCCAUUCGCUCCAAAACGAAUUCGAUGAGAAGUGCCUCUCUUUAUUGAGCGAACUCAGAGACCCUCCACCUAAGCAUUCGUGGAAAGUGUCUCAAGGAGAAGGGUUUUAUUUUGCCCACAUUUUACGAAUAGAAGAUUCCAUCGAUUCACUCAUCACUAGCCUGAAGCUGAAAAGACCAGCAAUCCCUGUUACACAGUGUGAGGAGGAAAUUUCCACCACAGAGGAUGAAGUUGCGACUUUGCAUAUUGAAAAACAAAACAAAAAGCAGGAAGAUGCUGAGAUGAAGCAUAAAGAAAAUGCUGGCAAAAGAAAAAGAGCGAAGGAUAUUUUUGAAGAGGCAAAAAGGUCACGAAAAGCGAUGUUCAGUAAGCUAGGUACCACCAGCAUGGUCAACUAUCAGAAGGUUUUUAAAUAA